UAGUAAUUAAUAUAUAUAUGCUCUUAAAAAGUUCUCUUUUAUAUAUAUAUAUAUAUGGAUUUUGUCCACAAUCUAGUGUAGUACUAGUACUCCGUAUAUUUUAGGCAUUUGCCAUCAUAUAUCCUGCGUAUACAAGUUCAAGGAAGCUACGAAGUAUUAAAUAAAAUACACAGUACAAUUUAUUUGUUGUACGUAUUUAUGCUCCUUUUCCCGAGAAAAGCAUGAAAUUCCUAAUUAAGAAAAUAUAUCGAAAAUAGUAAUAAUAAAAAUAAAAUAAUAAUAUAAGAGUUACAAAUUAAAUACCACCGCCCAACUAUACCAUUCAUGAUUCAGCACCUCCGUCGUCGCCAUGCAAGGCCGCCACAGCCACCGCCCCCAGCUUCUGGAGAUUGAGCUUGACGACGGUGUCGGUGAACAUCCGGGUAUCUUCUCCGGUGUUGCCUUCCGGAAUGUCGACGAUGUAGGACUCGAGGACGACGGUGUAAACGCCGGCGCCGUCGGGUCGCCGGAACUCGUUGACCGACGUGACGCUGCGGUAGUUGUUGAGGCGGUGCUCGCCGCCGACGACGCGGAAGCUGAGGACGUGCUUGUCGUCGUCGAGGAUCUCGAGGCGCUCGGUGCUGGUGGCGGCGGGGAUGCCGGAGACGACGGUGACCUCCCGGAUGCUGCCGACGCCGCCGUCGCCGGUCAUGGUGCAGCUCUUGAUGAAAUGCUUGUACUUCUGGGGGUUGUCGAAGCGGCGGACGAAGCGCCAGACGACGGCGGCGGGCGCGGGGAUGUGCUGAGUGAUGAGAGAGGUGCAGGUGUUGGGCAGGGCAUCGAAGGUGUGGUAGCGGCCGAUCAGCGCCUCCAGCCCGGCGAACUCCUCCGCCGUCAGCCCCUCAGGGAUUUGGAUUCUACCCCUGCACCCAAUUGCGUCGCCCAUUAUUUCUUUCAAUUCCUCC